UUACAAUCUCGUCCGAUAAUAUGCCUUUUGAAAAUUAAUCUUCGGAAUGAAUUGAAAACAUUUCAAUAAGCAUUAGCCUAUUCAGAAAAGGCAAUUUAUAUCUACUAUGUUGGCGCACGCGCAGUGCGACUUGGCAACUAUUAACACUAUUACUGUAACAUGUAAUUACACUAUAAAGGAAUUAAAAUUUCACUCGCAGUUUUCAACAGUAUUUGGACUUAAUGUUUGUAGCGAAUUAAAUUUAAAUGAUAACUAAAAUAUAUUUUCAACGUUAUGGUGAUUUAAACUUGGUGGAUAUAGACUGAUCGAUACUCGAACUCCAAAUGUACAGUUUUCAAAACGCACGCGUGUAUGAGAUUUGUAACAUACACCCGCGCCGUUAAUUAUCCAAGAGUGCGAAUUAAUCACCAGCCAUGAGUCAACUGGACUUUCUCGAUUUCUCCUCCCCCUGCCGGUCGGGCAGCUCGUCGUCAGUCGGCGCCAUACCGUUCGGUUUCAACUCCAAGACAAACUACGACGCCAACGAAUCGCUCAUUCAAAUAAGGAGCGAAAACUUCAACAAGCAUGAGCCCAUGAAAGAGGAGGACAUCUGGACGCGCCCGCCGCCCGACUUCCGGCCGCAGAAGUUCGCACCGAGGCCACCAAAACGCAAUUCCCGAGAAUCUCAGCGUCCCUGGCUUUACGGGACUAUUCCGGGUCAGCGGGAGUUCGUAAAGCGGGAUCGAACAAAGGUCGUUCCGCAUCUGUUGCAGCCAAAGAAGGAACACUACCGCGGGUUAGUUACGCUGUUUCAUAUAGACCGGCCUUUCACGGCGAAAAAGAAGUUUGUAGCAGAAGGGAUGAACGCGCCCGGAGAGUUCAAUGAUCCCAUGCCGCAUGACUUUCGAGGAUAUCCUCCAUUGAAAACCUUGGGGUUACCAGAAUUCUUACAAAAGACAGAGAAGGAUCCUUUUAAUAUCAAGUUCCAUACAGACAGACUCAAUACCAUAUAUGAACAUCUUCUCAGGCAAGUCCACGGUAGCCGGGUUGACAAGGCGACGGACCGCGACAUCCGGGGACUUCAGAUGGCCCCUCCCAAGUCCCCGCCGCCUCUGCACGAGUGCCAUCUGCUCAUAGACAAGGGGCCGUAUCCGGUCAAGAACGAGCAGUUCACGAGGUUCCGGGUUCGACACCGGCCAGCGAAGAGCGCUUUUAUGGAGCGAGCCAGUCGAGUGCUGGAAUCCACGUGGGCCAAAGAGAAAUACGAGAGGGCGCUGCGAGAGAACGCAGACGCCAAGGAACAACGCAGACUUUAUCACUCAAUGAUCGCGGCGGCCAAGUCGUGAUCUUGCUUAACAUAGUGGUGGUUUAUCUUAAAAUUCAUAUCUACAUUAUGUGGUUAACUCCCUUGAGUGUUAAAAUCGUCACAGUGGCCUCCCUUCUUUUAACACAAGAGGUGUAGUGUUGCGUUUAAUAACUCGAUUCAAAUUCAAAACCAACUGGUCGACAACGCUGUGAUCUACCUUGAACUGUGUAGGUUAACCUAAAAAUAGAGUAGUUACCUUCCCAUGAAAUUAAUUUUAACAAUGUGGUUUAAGCUGUACGCUGUACUCAGUGGUCUCCCCUGUAAGGCCAUAAACGCACUCCAGAGUUAAGUCCCCUGUCUCCUUGCAUAGUAAGUGAGCGCGGCUGUGUGAAGCGAUCGAUUGAGAUUUUUUGAAAUUCGUUUUAAUAAUAUAUCCCUUUGUUCGCGCAUGAAUGUCAGGACACGUACUAGUAAUUUCGUAUUUUAUUUAUGUAUUGUAAGAAUGUAUUUUCGUUUUCUUUCGUGUAUUUAUGGAAACUGAACGGCAUUAUAAAACAAAUCGUGUGUGUAAAUUGUUCAUGACCAACAUUUAUAUAUUUUAAUGGUUUGAUUUACAUUACAUCAAAAUUGGACAUCGGACUUACGGACAAAGCGAAGUUAUAUGUUCCCCUUUUGGAGAGAUUAUGUUGGGAUUAGUUUAUGUUGAAAGCUUAAACAAUACACUUAACGCAUCAUUAGAUAUGUGGGUUACAUAAUGUUUGCUUGUAAAUACAAUGCUUAUUCAAAGCUUGGCGUACAAGAAAUGCUGUUAAUCUUAUAACACAAUAAUGCACCGUCAAGGACUUAUUAAUUAUUAUCAAUGCGGUACGUUUUAAUAAACGCUUUGUACGUUUUAAAAACUCUUUUCGGAAAUCUGAAUUAAUAUCGAAUAGCAGGAUGUCAAUUAUAGUGCAUUGAUAUCUUUUUUGUGUAAACUUUAACCCAUUUAUGCCUAGUGGAUUCUCCCAUCCUUCUAAAUUGGAUCAAUUUAUUUCCAAAAUUAGUGAUGUCUAGUAUAUUUAUUUCUAUAAUCAGAAUAUUUCUUACAGAAAUUCAUUGAAGCAAACAGCGCAGACCCAUAUGAAACGCCGCAUCAUGCGGCGUCUCAUCUGGGUCUACGCUGUUUGCAAAGGCCUUUUUUCUAGACGCUAGGCAUAAAUGGGUUAUAUAUUUACUUAUUAUAUACUCACGAUGGAUUUGAAUACCGUCCCAAUAAGAUUCAAUGGACCCACCACAUCUAUAAUAUUUAAAAACUGUGUGAAAUGCUAAAUUCUUAAGUGCGUGGAGUAAACAAUCGAUAAAUGUUGCGUGCAUGUUUCCUUAAAAAUAUUAUUAUUUGAAAGUAUCAUUUAGAAAUAUAUAAUAUAAUUACAAAGUAACAACGAGUUAUUAGAAAUUCAUUUACAACCUAUGGAAAUAAAAUGUUAUGAUAUUUACAGAUGUAAAGCGACUUACUCGCUUACUUUUCAUGUUUGCUCAUUAAUCAACUAAAUCAUUUAUAAAUUGUAAGAUGUUGCUUAUUUGUUAAACACGUUGUUAAUACGAUUUCUUAAACUAUGUCACCAAAUUACAUAUUGAAAAAAUCCAACGAAAGUGA